GAUCAACGCUGCGGCGCGGACGUAUCUCGUCAUUUUGCAUUGCGCCGUCGGUCGAAUGAGUUGAUCUUUGCCUGGUCGAUCAGUGCCCUUAGUACAAAACCAAAGUAUUUUGAUUCAUUUUAGCAGCUAACCGUCGCGGUCGGAACAUUAAUUUGAUGCAGUUUUCACACUCGUUUGAUUUUGUUGCGGUUAUCGAGGAACCGGCCGGAUCUCUCGCCGAAAAUUUAUUGAUCUGAGUGUACGAUCAGCUUCGAAGCGGGUACAAAAUAUCAACGUGAAACUGGCAGUGGCUUCUGAUUGAUGAGCUUCGUGGUGCAGUGUUUGUGUAAUCAGCGAUCAGGUGAAACAAAUCCUCGCGAGAGUUAUGGAAAGCCGCAUUAGUACCCUGAUUCUCCGAUUUUUGCUUGUAUUGAAUUGUACCUUACUGACAAAAGCUCAAGUUCCUUUUGUCGGAAAAUGUCCAAAGGUACCGGUGAAAAAAGACUUCAAUGCACCAGCCUACUUGGGUCGGUGGUACGAGCAAGAAAAAUAUCCGUUUGUUUUCGAAUUAGCUGGACGGUGCGUAACUGCUGAAUAUGGAAUGAAUGGUGAUGGAACUGUCUCGGUUGCGAAUCGUUUGAUCAAUACAAUUACGGGAUCGGUCAACUCGAUAAGUGGAUCUGCUCGAAUAGUUAAACCGGCAAAAUUAGCAGUAUCAUUCCCUCUGCCUUUUAAAGUGGAGGCACCAUAUUGGGUUGUUGGAACAGAUUACAAAAAUUUUGCCGUUGUGCUUUCUUGUAUUGACAUCGGUGGUAUAAUGCAUACAAAAGUAGCUUGGAUUCUUACAAGGGAUCGCUUCCCUUCGUUAGACAUCAUGAAGAAGGCGUAUGCUGUAUUAGAUUCAGCAAAAAUUUCUCGUGCCUAUUUGACACGUACCGACCAGAGGAAUUGCGAAUCUUCAAAAAAAGUCUCGUAUAAGUCAGAGCUCAAUCUUAUCAAACAUUGAAUAAUUAUAACAGAUAAAUAAAACUCCUAUUUACAGGAA